CGACACUGGUAAAAACUUUAUCUUGAACUCGUACCAGCUUCUGAAUGGUCCCCUAAAUGUUUGAAGGUAGAUCAUGGUCACAAAGCAGCUUGUUUAAUCACGAAGAAGAACACGAAUGGUUAGUUAUUUUAUGGUAUUUAGAUGAACUUUAAGGGAGAAUUAGACAACUGAUCCAAACAACACAUACCAUGGCCUGUAGUUUAGGAAAAUUACUUGGCUAUCUACCAAAACCUUGUGCUGCGUCAUUUUCUAAACUCUCUAUUGCUCCAUUGUUGGUAAAAAAAGAGCCAUUACUGAUUCGUCAGCCAUUGGUGUCAUGUAUGCCAGUGUCGUGUUGUAGUACCUGGUCACAACGCCAAAAACCCAAAGCCAACAAGAAGAAAAAAUUUGAAAAUGAAGAUCACUCUCAAAUUCCCGGAACAAGGUUUCAAGAUGGACCAAACAAAUACCAGCCAAAGUCACCAUUCAAGAUCAGUACCCCGAGGUCAUAUGGAUUUCAUGAAAACUUGUUCAAGGGAGGUGUUCUUCCACGUGAUGACAAGCCAUUCAGGAGCAUGAAAAAAUAUAGACCAGUUAAUAGGUGGGAUGAAAAGCACUCCUUAUUUGGACAGAAUGACUACAUAGAUAUUCUCGGAGAUGGGGAUGUCCACCCUGCAGAUCUUCAAAAGGGUCCGUCUUGGCUUAUUGGUCAGAAAGACAGGUCUGAACUACACCGACUAGUCAGAAGACUUCGUAUGACAGGGGGCAAGAUGAAGAACAUGUAUCCAUCUAAAUAUGAGGCCAUGAACAAGAGAGUGCAGUAUCUAUAUAGGAGAUAUAACAAACACCGAUCUCCUAAAAUAAGUUAAAGGUUUAGACAUGAAAUUUAAAGUAAGAGUUUUCACAUUGGGGAUUUAUUAUUGUGCAUGUUUACAGGUGACAAGAUAUUGAAAUUAAAUUUUAUAAUUGAA